UCAGGUUUCGCCGUCUUCCUCCCCUGGCUCCGUCUCCCUCGCUCGGCGAAUCUGAGCCCUAAACCCUAGAGCUUGUCGGUUGGGCUUCCCAUGGCGGCAAUGGAGGACGAGGAGAUGGAGAAGAAGGUGCAGGAGUACCUGCAGCGCAAGGGGUUGCGGCUCGCCGAGGUCGCGGUGCAAGGAGACCGUAACCACGUCCCUACCUCCGCGCCCCCGCACUUGCUGACCAGUAUGCCUGGUGGGUUUCUAAGUUUUCCCCCAAAUGGUCAUGCUUAUUUUGCGCCACCAUGGCCUCCACAACCACAACCUGGUUCAAUGACUCAACAUGUUGCAUUGGGUUCACAAGGCAAACCUGCCAUCAACGUUGAUGACGGGGAUGAUGUUAGGACUGAGAGGCGCCUGUCUUGGAAACCAGAUGAAGACUUGAGAUUGGUGCGUGCCUGGUUAAAGUAUUCCAAUGACCCUUCCAGCGGUAGUGGCAAGAAAGAGCAAUAUUGGGGAGAUGUACUUGCAUUCUACAACAGCACUACAUCGACAAAACGGACAAGGAAAGUGAAGCAUCUUAAAGACAGGUUUCAAAAGAUUAAGAGAUGGGUAGGUUUUUUCUGCUGGUCUUUGAAGAAGGCUGCAUCAAGUGAUGUCAGCGAACAAUCAGAUGACCAAUUGAUAGAAAAGGCUCUGCAAUUUUAUUUAGACGACUACAAAGAAGGCCCAUUCAUAGUUAUGCAUUGCUGGAAGGUUCUUCGUGACGAACCAAAGUGGCAUGCAAUAUUGGAGGAACUUGAGAAAUCAAAUAAAAGGAAAUUGGGUGAUGAGGGGGAGGUGGGGAACAACACACCCACACCUGAAGAUACCCAAGAAAAGGAACUUCCAAUAGUAGUGAAAGAAUUCAAGAAACAAUGCAAUGACAAAGGCAAGGUCAGAGAUAGUGACACUGAUUUGAGUGAAACUAUGAAGAAGUAUAUGGAUAUUCAAGAUGCUGCUAAAAAACGUCAUGAUCAAUUCAUAGAGAUCCAGCUGCGGGUUUCUGAUGCAAAGGUUGAGGCGGCAAGGCUCAAGAGGGAGGCUGCUAUGCUGAAAACAUACAACUCUUUCAUGAGCAUGGAUACUAGGGUGAUGACUGAUGAGUUGAGAGCUGAGCAUGUAAUAGGCCUGAAGCUUCUGCGGGAAAAAUUGUUUGGCAACAAUAAUUGAGGUGAAUGCUAAAUAAUCAUGCUAAUGUGGUGAAUUUAUGCCUACCGAAGCUAUGGAAACUGCUUUUGGAGGUGCUGCAUGGACAUGAUUUCCAGUCUCAAGAAACGCCAGUGUAAUCUCUUUUGUUGUCAACAUGUUCGGACCCUCCUGUGAUACCGAUGUAAAGGAUGUAAAGGUGUUAACAUGGCAGCAAUACUUUUUUUUCGAGAGAUAACAUGGUUAGUGAUGAACUAGUUUGAUUUUGGCGCCUCUUCUGGAACCUAUGCAUAGAGCCUCUAUUGUGGUGGGCCGAUAUGGGAAAGUCACAUAUCAUUUGGACCCACCAAAACACUAUUGUCAAUCUUGUGGUCUGAGUGCGUC